UCCUGAGCUCUACCUGUAUCUCAUAAUAAGCUCGUUGCAAUACUAUCAUCUUCUCCUUGUGCAUCUACACAUGCUUCAAUUCUCGGUUGCAUUUCUGAUAUAGAGUUCAUUUUCUUUCUAUCCUUAAACAUGGCGCCCUCGUUGGUGGACCCUCUUCCCUCCCAGGAUCUAAGAUCCAUCUCUAUCACCAAGAAGCAGGACAUCGCCGGCAACAAAUUCGGCUACCAGCCGGGAAGGACGACUGUGGAAAACCACGAAAAUUAUGCGUACCAAGACUUGCUACCGACCUUUCCAGACCUUCACUGGGCACCAUUAGAAGAGAUCCCUCAUGAGGACAGAGGGCUUCAUGGAGACCCCGAUUUCCGGAACCUUCUCCAGGAUGCGACAGAUAUUUUUGACUACACUCCAAAGAUUGGCACGGAAGUUCAUGGUGUCAAUCUUGCCAAAUUGACAGACGCCCAGAAGGAUGAUCUCGCCCGUUUGGUUGCUGUCCGUGGCGUGGUCUUCUUCCGUGACCAGGAUGACCUGGAUAUUGACGCCCAGCGUGACCUGGGCAGGCAUUUCGGCAAAUUGCACAAGCAUGCCACCACAGCCGUUCCUAGAAAGGAAGGAUUGGAGGAUAUCCAUGUUGUCUAUGCAGGCGAUAAUGCUGCCGACCAACGGGCAAUGUUCACGCCUAGCUUUCUGUGGCACUCAGAUGUGACCUAUGAAGUUCAACCCCCCUCGUACACAUCCCUCAAGGUUCUUACUGGCCCCCCUCGGGGAGGCGGUGGAGAUACCCUCUGGACAUCUCAAUAUGCAGCAUACGAUGCACUUUCAUCUCAUAUGCAAACAUAUCUCAAGGGCUUGACAGCUCUUCACUCUGCGGAAAUGCAGGCUUCCGACUCCAGAGCCCUUGGGCGAACGGUUCGUCGUGAGCCUGUCACAACCGAGCAUCCAUUGAUCAGGACCAACCCUGUCACCGGUUGGAACAGUCUCUUCUUCAACCCUGGCUUCGUGACGAAGAUUGUCGGGAUCCCCAAGACUGAAAGUGAUGCUAUCAUCCGCUAUCUCACCGAAGUGAUUGCAACAACACAAGAGAUGCACGCUCGCUUCCAAUGGAACAAGAAUGACGUGGCCAUUUGGGACAACCGAACAACAAAUCAUUCAGCCUCUUAUGGGUUUGCUCCUCACCGUCGUCAUGCGGUCCGAGUUGCAUCCCAUGCUGAGCGCCCGGUGUUGGACCCAGCAGGGAAAUCGCAGGAGGAGGAGUACAUCGCUCGUUACAACCUCCCUCCUGUCAACAAGGAUGGAUCCCGUCAGUCCAACUACAACGACUGAAGAAGGUUAUCAUUGAAGGUGCUUUCAAUUUAUGAAUAUUGUGGAGAUCUGGCGUUACUUCGAUUGCUAUUUUUUAUUGUCAGACAAA